UGAGAGUCGAAGAAAAGUCUUUAGCCCGCUAUCUACCUCCUCCAUUUCCCGCUCCGAGGCUCUGCAGCUACCAUUUCGAGUUCACUCCGGAACCUCCCUAGCAUAUGCAAUUGGAAUUUUUGGGCGGUUCUUCCGUCCUCAGGUCGCCACAUUUAGGUCCUUACAGGCACACGAUGGCAGCCUUUGGUGCUCUUUCACUAUGUCCUUGCAGCCCUCUGCCACGCCCACGUACCAUUUAUUGUUGCAGUGGUACUCCUAAAGUUUUAGGCAAUAAUGUCUCUAGAGUACCCCGCAAAAGACCGGGAAGAUUAGAAGGUGCUAGAAAAAGCAUGGAAGAUUCUGUUAAACGCAAGAUGGAACAGUUUUAUGAAGGUUCAGAUGGUCCGCCCCUCCGUGUUCUUCCAAUUGGCGGCCUUGGUGAAAUUGGGAUGAAUUGUAUGCUUGUUGGGAAUUAUGACCGUUACAUUCUGAUUGAUGCUGGUGUCAUGUUUCCUGACCACGAUGAGCUUGGUGUUCAGAAAAUUAUACCCGAUACCACAUUCAUCAGAAGAUGGAGUCACAAAAUUGAAGCUGUUGUUAUUACACAUGGUCAUGAAGAUCACACUGGUGCGUUGCCAUGGGUAAUUCCAGCUUUGGAUUCCCAUACACCAAGUUACGCUUCAUCCUUUACAGUGGAGCUAAUAAAAAAGCGUCUGAAGGAAAAUGGGAUUUUUGCUCCUUCUAGACUUGGGGUGUUUAAGAUGAGAAAGAGAUUCACAGCUGGGCCAUUUGAAAUAGAGCCAAUUAGGGUUACCCAUUCCAUUCCUGAUUGCUGUGGAUUGGUUCUUCGAUGUGCUGAUGGUACAAUUCUUCAUAGAGACUGGAAGAUUGAUGAGUCCCCAUUGGAUGGUAAAGUCUUUGAUCGAGAAACUUUGGAAGAAUUAUCAAAAGAAGGAGUUACUCUUAUGAUGAGUAACUCAACAAAUGUACUAUCUCCUGGAAGGACGAUUAGUGAGUCUGUGGUGGCAGAUGCUCUUUUAAGACGUAUCUCUGCAGCUAAAGGAAGGGUCAUCACGACUCAAUUUGCUUCAAAUAUACACCGCCUUGGAAGUGUGAAAGCAGCCGCUGAUUUAACUGGUAGAAAGUUGGUAUUUGUUGAGAUGUCUUUAAGGACAUAUCUGGAGGCAGCCUGGAAGGAUGGAAAGGCACCAAUUGACCCAUCGACCUUGGUAAAAGUGGAGGACAUUGAAGCUUAUGCACCAAAAGAUUUAUUGAUUGUCACAACUGGCUCACAAGCAGAACGACAUGCUGCCCUAAAUCUUGCAUCUCAUGGAAGUAGUCACUCUCUCAAACUGAGCAAGGAAGAUAUGAUUUUGUAUUCGGCCAAGGUUAUUCCUGGUAAUGAAUCUAGAGUGAUGAAAAUGUUGAACCGUAUAUCAGAGAUUGGAUCAAAUAUAAUCAUGGGCAAGAAUGAGUUGCUGCACACAUCUGGUCAUGCAUAUCGUGGGGAAUUGGAGGAAAUACUACAAAUUGUUAAACCGCAGCAUUUUUUACCCAUUCAUGGAGAGCUUUUAUUCCUUAAGGAGCAUGAGCUGCUGGGCCGGUCAACAGGCAUUCGACACACAACUGUGAUUAAAAAUGGAGAAAUGCUUGGAGUAUCUCAUUUGAGAAACAGAAGAGUUUUAUCCAAUGGUUUCACCUCUCUCGGGAAGGAGAAUUUACAGUUGAAGUAUAGUGAUGGUGAUAAAGCAUUUGGAUCCUCAUCUGAGUUCUUCGUUGACGAGAGACUAAAUAUUGCAACAGAUGGCAUAAUAGUGGUCAGUAUGGAAAUCUUGCGACCUCAAAGUAUAGACGGUUUAAAUGAGACUGGCAUCAAAGGAAAACUAAGAAUCACUACUCGAUGCUUAUGGCUCGACAAGGGGAAGCUUUUAGAUGCACUUCACAAAGCCGCUCAUGCAGCACUUUCAAGUUGCCCCGUAAAUUGUCCUCUAGCUCACAUGGAAAGAACUGUGUCUGAACUCUCUGUGGGCAUCUCUGGUUCAGAAAUAUGAGGAUAGCAAAAGUGAAAAGACAAUCAAGAAAAGUUGGCCAUACUCCGAGGAAAUGGACGCCAUAUUGUCUGAUUCAGAGGCAGUAGCAUCAAAAUAAGAGGAUUUUGAAGAAACUUGGUAAUAUUUAUUCCAUACAGCCUGGAGAAACGACCCAUUUUUACAUGAACAUUGGCUCCUGCAGCGGAGGAAUGGGCAAAAAUGUAUUGGGACCUGGCGAACAUGACUCAAACGAAAUGGAAACUCCGCAACAUACGGCUUCGUUCCACGCUGAAACUGGUAUACAUUUUAGGGACUGUGUUUCAAUUUUGUAGAAGCUUUUUUUAAUUUAAGAGGCAAUUUGGUUAUGCUUUAAACCAAGGAAAUGAGAAACCCAUUAUUUUGCUUGGUCUUCAAUGGGCCGUUCUUUGGGCCUGGCCCUUCAACUGCGAAUGACGUGGAGUUUACCGGAAGUACUUUAUUUCGUGGAGAAGGCGACACGUGUUACGUGCAAAUGUAUUGAGGGAAGGAAUAAACGUUUUAAACACUGGUUCCAUGUGAUGCA